AGGUGAGUGGACGGGGGCAGUUAUUUUUUAUUUAAUUUAGUUGUGAGUUUACAUCUUGGAUGUGUUCGAUUAGUCAUUACUGUGCUUUUUAUACACGUAGUUGGAAGUUUUGAAUCAUUUUGAGUUCGGCUGAAAGGUUAACUUCAGAUGUCAGUGAUGGAGCCAGAAGAGAACAUUGCGAUGGCCACUCCGGUGCUGGCCAUCAGCAACAAGGCAGUAAAGAACAAGAGAAGGAAGAUGGAGGACCGAACGGUGCUAGUCCACGACCUCAGAGGGGUAACGGACAAAAAGCUUCCGGACCAUUACGGCUUUUACGGCGUCUUCGACGGCCAUAUCGGCUACGACGCAGCUGCGUACUGCACCCAGCACAUGGCUCGCAAUCUGGCCGAAUCGCCGCAGUUCCCCGACAAGCCGCACCUGGCCUUUAUCGACGCGUUCUCCACCACCGACAAGGGCUUCAACGCGACGGGCAGUAACGCGGGCGCUGCGGUUGUGGCCGCGCUCAUCUCCAGUACACACCUGCACGUGGCAUGGAUCGGUGACUGCCAGGCGGUACUCAGCAGGGCCGGUCUGCCCGUGCGCGUCGUCAACCCGCACAAACCCGAGCGGCCGGACGAAAAGGCGCGCAUUGAGCAGCUGGGCGGCUUUGUCAAUUUUUACGGUUCCUAUCGGGUCAACGGCGUUCUGUCGGUGUCACGAGCCCUCGGUGACGAAAACUUUCGUCCGUUCGUGAGCGACCGGCCGGACGUAACGACUGUGGAGCUGGAUGGCACCGAGGACUUCCUAUUGCUGGCCUGCGACGGUUUCUUCGACGUGAUCGAUGCUGAGCAGACGGUGCGGAUGGUCAUGAACGACAUGGAGGAGAACCCAAACGAUUUCGCCGGUCUGGCCGAGCGUCUGGUGCGCACGGCCGUCGACCUGCGCUCCUCCGACAACAUCUCUGUGGUAGUGCUGCGUCUGGGAGGUCCAGUCGACACCACAGACGCUGCGGCGGCCACCCCCAGCGGCCGCGCGCCGGGCUCCAUCCGUAGCACGGACCCUUCCAUCGCGGCCGGCGGUGGCUGUGCCAGCGCCAGCGCCUCGCUGCUCGUGGACGAGAGUCUGGGAGGAGACGUGCCGCGGGUGGACUUUGACAGUCCGAGUCAGGGUCAGAUAACACCGGACAUGUUCAACGUCUCGGCGGCGUCUGGAGGCGCCGUCGAGCCGUCGGACUCCGGGUUCGACAUUGAGCGAGAGGUGAACCGGAUGCUGACGGGAGGAGGACGCGUGGAGAGAGACACGCCGUCGCCGACGACACAGACAUCGAACACUGAGCCGCCCCAUGUGGCGCCUGGAGGUUCAGGCGAGCCUGCGGAAGCUCCUCAAAAUGUGGAUAACGUGCUAUCCGAGAUCGACGGUCUCCAGGAGGUGGACAGUGACGUAGUGGAAGACGACGACGACGACUCGAGCAGCGAGGAGGACGCCCAGUGGAGCUACGUCGACGUCAGUCCCAGCGGAGCGGUGACCAAGACGCCCGUGUCGGUGACGCCUGUGGCCUCCGGAGCCUGCGCCAUGGAGUCCGGAGGAGGUGCCGAGCCCGGCUCGCCCCUGAACCCCGCUGCUGCCGAGUUCACGCCCGCCGGACACGACCUGAACCCCGGCGCGGCAGAGUUCGUGCCCGGCCAGCCGCCCGCCGCCGCUGCCGUCCCGGCAGAGGAGUACGAGUACGGCCAGGAGGGCGUGGCCGAGGCUGGCGGGACGUCGUCGACGGAUGAGAUCCUGGCUCGUCUGAGUGGCGGGAUCUCUGCGUUCGCGGAGCAGCUGGAGGAGAGUAUCGCUGCUGUCGCCGAGAGGUCGGCGGAGAAGAUGGCUGAACAGCAGGCUGAGCUGCGGACUGAGGAGUCGUCUAAGCCACCCGCAGGAGAGGCGACGGAGCAACCGGCUGAGGGCCAGGAUACCGACUUCUUCUCCCAGCUCGGAGAAGGCGUCUCGUCACUGACACAACAAAUCCAGAGGGGCAUUCAGGAGGGCAUUCAGGAGGGUAUGGACCACGCCGCCAAUCCGGCUGCCGAACAACCUACCGGUGAGACUCAGGACGCGGCGCCGGUGUCCGAGCAGACUUCCGAGAACACCGAGGGGAAGCAGGACCAGGGCGUGGACCUGCUGUCUCAGUUCAGCGCCGGCGUCACGGACUUUGUCCACCAGGUUCAGGACUCGGUCACUGCUGCGUACACGUCUGGCGAGCCUGAGAAGGCCGGGGACGCAGCGACGGACGCGGUGGCGGAGCCUACAAAGGAGCCAUCUGCCGGAGAGGGCGGCGACUUUUUCUCACAGCUGUCUGGCGGUGUGUCUUCUCUGGCGCAUCAGAUCCAGGAGGGCAUUCAGGAGGGCAUCCAGGAGGGCAUGGCGCGCGUCUCCGCGGCUGAGCCCUCGGCGGACGCUGGAGAGGAGAAGGCUGGAGACGCAGCACCCCAGCCGCCGUCUGAACAGCCCGGCCUCCUCUCCCAGCUGAGCGAGGGAGCGUCUGCGCUGGUCCACCAGAUCGAGGAAAGUCUGACAUCCGCGCAGGAGGCGGCCGCCGCCAAAGCGGCCGAAGCCGACUCGGCAGUGCAGGAAGGCGCUGAGGAGGCGCAGGAGGCGACAAAUGAUGCGCUCAAUGCGGCUGGCGAUGCGGCCAACGCUGGACUGGCGAAGGUGGAGGGUGCGGCAGACUCCGCCGCGCGAGGACUGGAGGAGACGCUACAGUCAGCCGCUGAUCAGGCGGAGCGCGUCACUUCUUCAGCCGCAGACUCUGCGGAGCACUCUGCUGGACAGGCGGAGGACUUCUUGCAGCAGGCGGCGGGGGAGGCAAACGACACUGUGGAAGAAGCGGCGGGGAAGGCGGAGACCUUCUUGGAACAGGCGGCGGGGCAGGCAAACGAUAUGACGGAACAGGCAGCGGAAUCUGCGGAACAGGCUGCAGGGAAGGCGGAUAACUUCUUGGAACAGGCGGCGGGACAGGCGAACGUCAUGGCAGAGCAGGCAGCGGAAUCUGCGAAACAGGCUGCAGGGAAGGCGGAGGACUUCUUGGAACAGGCGGCGGGGCAGGCAAACGACAUGGCAGAGCAGGCAGCGGAAUCUGCGGAGCAGACUGCAGGGAAGGCGGAGGACUUCUUGGAACAGGCUGCAGGAAAGGCGGAGAACCUGCUGGAACAGUCGUCUGGCCAGGCGGAGGACGUAGCGGAACAGGCGGCGGAGAAGGCAGAACAGGUGGCUGAGAAGGCAGACACCUUGUCCGAACAAGCGGCGGAGAAGGUUGAAAACGCUGUUGAGAAGGCCGAGGACAUGACGGAGCAGGCGACUGGGAAGGCUGAGGAUAUGGCUGAACAGGCGGUUAAGAAGGCGGAGGAGACGGCUCAGUCCGGGUCCGAGCAGCUAGAGAGUGCCGCGGAGACGGCAGCCGAGGAAACAGCCGGUCUGCGUGAGGCGGCCGCCGCUACUGUGGGCGCCGUCCUGGCCUCCGCCGCCGGCGCCGCUGCUGCUGUGGCUGCCACAGUCACCGGCUCAACAGGAGACACUGCGGAGAAGAAACCCGCCGACAAGCCCAAAUCUGCCGCCGCUGCGACCAAAACCAAACCCGGUGCCACCGCCAGCAAGGCCAAGCCGACUGCGACCAAGUCUACCCGGCCGACGACUGGCACGGCGGCGAAACCCGCGUCUCCUGCCACUGCUCGCACUGCCGCUAAGGUGGGAGCGGCCGCGCGGACCUCUCCUACAAAGACGCUGGCGGCGAAGGCUCCGGCUGCUGCCAAGGCGAGUCCCAAGCCGACGGCGACAACGGCGGCUCGCACCGCCGCUUCGAAACCUGCGCCCAAGCCGGCUGCUUCGACCGCAGCUCCGCGACCGGCCGCGGCCAAGACGACCGCCGCCCGACCGGCUUUGUCGAAAACGGCCUCUGGCACGGGGACCAAAACGACCACAGCCGCCGCCAAGCCGGUAGUGGGUGCUGCGAGGGCGACCACCUCUCCUACAAAGACGGCUGCCAGUCGGGUGGGCGCGGCUCCCUCCACGGCGCGGACGACGGCCGCCCGCCCUGCCGCCAGCGGCGCUCCCAAGGCCCCCACUGCCCGGUCAGCCUCGGGCACCACCCGUCCCGCUACCACCGCGGCACGCACCACGGCCACCACUGCACACAAAUCCCCCACCAAACCGGCCGCAGCCAAACCCGCCGCGCCGAAACCCACCUCGGCGAGGACCGCUGCACCAAAGCCCGCUCGCCCAGCGCCGGGCGCGGCCACUAAGACCACCCCGGGACGAGUGGCGCCGACCCCGCGCGCAGCCACUACUAACGGGGCGGGCCCGAAGAAGCCGGCGGAGGUGAAGAUGACUGCGGCGGCCAGCAAGGUGACGGGAACCAUGGCGUCCCGCGCGGCGGCCCGGGCGGCUGCGGCUUCGACAGCGGCGCCGGCGAACGCCGCCGGAGCCAAGAAGCCAACCACCACGGCGGCGAAACCGGCCGGCCACCGACUCUCGAUCGGCCGCACCAAGCCGGGCGCCGCCGCCAGCAAAACAGGCAAGGCCAAAUCACCCACCAAGGAGCCUGCAAAGGCCGCGGAGUCGGAGCUGCCACCCGUGGCCGACUGUGUGUCGGAGUCCGACAAACUGCCGUCCGAUGGCGCUGGAGACGCACCGGCCAACGUGAACGGCUCACCGACCGAGAACGGGGCCCCGCACGAGAACGGCGACCACGUGGACGAGCCCGCGGCGCACGUGGAAACGGGAGACCUGCUGGGGUCGGGCCUCGAGCCAGCGGCUGCCUCCGAGGCCAUAUGAGCUCCCGAGGAGAAAAACACGAACCCCGUUUGGUGCUCGCUGACACCGAAUUUGCGCUAGUGACGAACAAUGGCCUGCAAGGCGCGUCAACACACAAACGCUUGUGAUACGUGGUCGCAUCGAAGCAGUGAAUUGCUGCGAAGAACUGCUGGGCUCGGGCGCUGGCCCUGCACUGUGGUGCGCGUGCGCCCAAGGAAGUGUGCGAAUAGUGCGUGAGUGAUUGUGCGAUGAGUGCGUGAAUCGAAGCGUGAUUGUGAAAGAAUGAAUGCGAGUUCCUAUGAGUGUUGUGCCUGCGCUGCCGGCCGCUCUGCGGAGCGCGGAGGCGGCUGUCGGGCAGGUGCGCCGCUUUGGGGCGCUGCCGUUGGAAGCCCGCUAUUUUCACAUGUGUUGUAAAACGUAUUUUACUGAAGUCUGCUGCAAUGUUGGCGUCUGGAUGUGUCGGCUUGCGCGCCAGCGGCGAGGUGAAGAAGCUCUAGUUCAUGCUGUGCUCGCCAGGUGUGAAGCGUCUGCAGCGUCCGCUGGACCGCCGCACGCCCGUUUUAUCGUCACCGGCGCGGUCUUUGCGCGCUCUGGCGCUGUGUGCACGCUACUGUUCGCUGUUUCCGUCCGGGCGUCUCACGUGGGGCUUGUGCCUUCUGUGCCGCGUCCGCACCGUUUUCAACCGCCUCUGCUGGUCACACAGUCUGUCGUGUCGCGUCGGCUAGAUUUUUCGCUUCGUUCGGUCUUCCAUCGGCAAGGAACCGUCCGCAAUGAAGGCUGCUCGCGGCCCGACGCCGCCCCACAAAUCGUGUUAUGUGUUUUACUACUAUUAUAUUUCAGCAAAGCCCAAUAUACAGAACUAGUUUUUGA